GGGGUGAGGGGUUAGGCAGAGUAGUACAAUUUCUUAAAAUCUAAUCGUAAUGUCAUUUUAUGUGGGAUAGAAAUAAAGUUGUGGCGGAAUUAAGUAAAGAUCGCGCGUCUUCCAUGAAAAUUGCUUACUCAUUUCUAUUCUAUAAAUACUGCCUCAUUUUCUUCAUAACAACAUCGCUUCCUUGUCUCUCAUUGCUUUUCAUAUCAAUCGUCUUUUAUGCUUUCACCUACUCAGAACUAGCGAAGACGAGAAGAGAUCAAAGAUCAAGGAUUCAAUGGCUGCCAAGGGAGAUUGGCAGGAAGCACUACCACCGUUGAUCAAAGCCAUCACUGCAAAUGAAGUUGACGGCUUUAAUAGUCUCAAAGUGUAUAACGAUUUGAAAUGUGAAGACAAAUUAUCCGCGGCUUCUGUUUUCUGUAUCGAAGCAGCAAACAUGGAGAAGGAAGACAAUCAAGGGAUGCCCACCGUGUCCAUCAGUAUGCCGCCCUCUCCAGUGGAAGCUCAUCAUCUGCACAACACAAAGAGCGCCUCCUUCAUAGGCGAUGAAAAUGCAGAGGCUGAAUUCCAUUCUCAAAGGAAGCCCAAACCUUCCACAGUGAAUCCAAUUUACGACAAAAGAUUCGACUCUUUCAAGACAUGGUCUGGUAAACUCGAGAGACAACUCUCAAAUAUCCGCCGCAAACGCCGCGAAACCGAGCAGCAGCUUCUGAUUCAGACGCCGCAAGAGUUCGAAAUUCUACCCGUACAUCGAUAUUUCGAUGCCUUGGAGGGCCCAGAACUUGACACUCUACGCGACUCUGAGGAAAUAGUUUUACCAGAAGACAAGCAAUGGCCAUUCCUCCUCCGUUUCCCCAUCUCCUCCUUCGGUAUCUGCCUCGGCGUCGGCAGCCAAGCCAUAAUGUGGAAGAAUCUGUCAACCUCCAGCGCCACCGCCUUCCUGGAUGUCCCCCCUCACAUCCAUCUAGCAUUAUGGCUCAUCUCCGCUGCUCUAACCCUCGCCAUCUCCCUCGUUUAUGCUCUGAAAGUCAUGUUCUACUUCGAGGCCGUCCGACGCGAGUACUACCACCCGGUCCGCGCCAACUUCUUCUUCGCCCCUUGGAUCUCCCUCCUCUUCUUAGCACAAGGAGUUCCGCCGGCAAUCGCUAAAACGCUGCCUUCAUAUCUGUGGUACAUUCUGAUGGCUCCCAUCUUGUGCCUCGAGCUCAAGAUCUACGGCCAGUGGAUGUCAGGCGGCCAGCGGCGGCUGUCCAAGGUGGCCAACCCCUCCAACCAUCUGUCCGUGGUCGGGAAUUUUGUGGGGGCUUUGCUGGGAGCUUCCAUGGGGCUCAAAGAAGGGCCCAUCUUCUUCUUUGCGGUUGGAAUGGCUCAUUACAUAGUGCUGUUUGUGACUCUUUACCAGCGGCUUCCGACCAACGAGACGCUGCCGAAAGAGCUCCACCCGGUUUUCUUCCUCUUCGUGGCGGCGCCCAGCGUGGCGUCCAUGGCUUGGGCUAAGAUUCAGGGCUCCUUCGACUGCGGAUCGCGCAUCGCCUACUUCAUCGCCUUGUUCCUCUACGUUUCGCUGGCUGUUCGGGUGAAUUUCUUCCGAGGAUUCAGAUUCUCAUUGGCGUGGUGGGCUUACACGUUUCCGAUGACUGGCGCUGCAAUAGCGACGAUCAAGUACUCGAGCGCGGUGACAUGCUGGGCGACGCAGAUCAUGGCCUUGAUGCUGUGCAUCGUGGCUACAUUGGCGGUGGUGGCGUUGCUUGUGAACACGGUGAUCCAUGCGGUGGUGCACGGGGACCUCUUCCCCAACGACAUGGCGAUCGCGAUCAGCAAGAGGCGGCCCAGACGGCGGUGGUACCACAAGAGAUCGGGCAUCAUCGAGCAGCACCUUAAGUUUUCGGAAUCGGAUGCUGCUCUUCAUUCUUGGACCCAAGAUUAAUUCAACUGUGACACCCAAAUCCAAUUAAAUUUUUAAUGAAUACGCAUGUGGAAAAAUCAUGAAUAUAAAUAAAUAUUUAAUAAGAAAAUUAUAAAAUAAAUUUUUAUUUAAAA